GUUGAUUGGCCGGUGCAGUAUGAAGAAUAUAUGGGGUUCAACAAGAGGUUAUUCAAUCUGAAAAUCUAAGGAAGCGUACUCUGCCGAUAAGCCGGCUCGGUAUUAGGCGAGCAGAUCUCACGAGAAAUAACGCGCUUAAAAUUUAUAAAAAUUUUUAAAAUGCAUGUAAGCAAUUUUUUUAUUUGAUUUGUCUUGUCUUGCCAGGUUAUUCGCACAUCCUUGGUUGCUAACAUCGCAUCGUUCUGUAGAAAACAGCUCCGUCAAGUGAUUCGUCCAUGAUGUAAUGCAGAGUGAUUCUCCCCACCGCUCUCCUACGAGUGCUCCGCGACAGCCUCUUGACGGUAUGGUGGAGAUUGACAAAUAUCUUGAACGAUGCGUUGUCGCGGGACUCACCAGCUCUAAAACGAUGCUCCGCGAGACGCUAUCGUUGACGUCGUAAAGGGAUGCAUGUUGCAAGAGCAGCGUCGAAUCACGAUUGUCGUCGCAUUCUUUGAGAUAAUCCUACCAUCGUGUCGAGAUUUAGACAAUCUGCGUUUGGAGGAGACGAGGAAUAUAUCGGUUCUGUCGAUAUGGCUAUCGUCGAGGAGUUCGAGUACUUGUGCCGUCUGUGCGCGACCAAAACUGGCAUCUUGAUGGGUUUGCCAAUUUUCGAGGCCGGCAAUCAGAUGCGCAGCAUCGAUAAGAAAAUAGCAGCUUGUCUACCGGUUCAGGUGUCGCUGACAGAUCAACUGCCCAAAGUAGUCUGCCAAGAGUGUGCAUUCAAACUGGAUCAAGUAUACGAUUUUCGUGAAAAAUGUUUACAUACAGAAGGAAUGUUUAUGGAAAUGUUGAAAGAAAUUGGCAAAGAAGGAGUCGUGCAUAUAUCAGAGCAUGACUUGGCAACUGUGAAUAAUAUAGGCGCAAUUCAAAGAAACCUGAACAACAUACAGAUGAAUAAUGAAGAUAUACAAAGUCAUUCGGCUGUAGCUCAUGAGACUGCAGAAUCUAUACAUACAAUGCAAGUAAUGGAUGAAAUGGACUUAGCUGGUGGCGAGCAAGUAGUUUCCCAGGAAGAAAUUGGUCAACAAGAUACAGAUAUCCAAGUUACGGGCAUUGGUUGUUUAGAUGGUGAUACUGUGAGAAUAGUGGAUGAACAUAUGCGAGAAGUUUCAAACCAUCAAAUUGCAAUGCACUUAGAAGGUGAUAUGACAGUAGUUGAAAACUUGGAUGGCCAUUUAAGUCAGUUAGGCAUAAAUUAUGUUACUUCUAUCAGUCACGAGGAUCAGAGCCAAGAGCAGAUAGUACAUUAUUGUGAAAACGUAAAAUAUGAAGCAGAACAAAUAAAGCAGGAAUAUAAAAUCAUAGAUCAUCAUAGAUUACAAGAAGGAUUAACCACAGACGAGCAACAACAUGUACUUGAAAAUAAUGUAUCAGCAGACAAUUUUGUCCCCUCUCAGACCGACGCGGAAAGUGAAAUAGAAGAAUCUUGUAUGAAUGAAACUGGAGCUCGCGAGCAUGUAGAUUCUGUAAGUUUACCAUCCACGAGUCAGAUUAAUGGCGUACCAUGCGAGAUUAUGGUUAAAUACACAAAGAGAACAAAGCACUCGUUGUUAGAAUCCGUUAUCAACAACCCUACUGCAGACGAGACUGGUCAACACUGGUACGUGUGUCCGUUCUGCAAUGAAGCUGCUAUGGAUACGACCAAUAUGGCAGCACACUUCGAGCAACACUUUUGUUGCUGCCCCUGCGACUUAUACUUUACUAGUGUCGAAGUAUUAAAUUUACACAAGGAACAUUGCGAUGUGUAUAAAAACAAAGUAGUCGAUAAGAAGAAGGACGCACAAUUAGACGUAGGAAUACCGUCGCAAGAGAGCAACGACAAUCAAGAGGAGCAGAAAAAGCAAGCACCGGUGAGGCGAAAGUGGACUGCCAAGGUGUGCACCGAAUGCGGCAAGCAGUACAGGACAAAUUACAAGCUGCAAGAGCACAUGCGUAAGCACACGGGCGAGAAGCCAUUCCAGUGUACGACGUGCGACAAGGCGUUCCGCAGCAAGAUCGGCCUCGCGCAACACAUGGCCACGCACACAGGUCAGUACGAUUACAACUGCUCCACGUGCGGCAAGGGUUUCCAGUGCAAGAGCUAUCUUAUCGUGCACCAAAGAGUACACUCGGACGUGAAGCCAUAUCCGUGCGACACUUGCGGCCAGAACUUCAAGACGAAGCAGUCACUGUUGGACCACGAAAAUCGUCACCGCGGCGUGAAGCCGUACAUAUGCGAGAUCUGCGGUCGCGGCUUCAUCACCAAGGGCCUGUGCAAGAGCCACCAGAAGAUCCACUCCGGCACGGACAAUCGCCAGUACCCGUGCAAGGUGUGCAAUAAGAUGUUCGUCAGCAAGAGUUACUUGAACACCCACCUCCGCAUUCACACGGGCGAGAAGCCAUACCUGUGCGAGGUCUGCGGCAAGGGAUUCCUCACGCGGGUGGACCUGAAGAUCCAUUCGACCAUGCACACCGGCGAGAAGAGCUUCAAAUGCGAGAUUUGCGGAAAAGUGUUUGCGCGGCGCGCGGCGUUGCGCUGCCAUCGGCGAUCGCAUACAGGCGAGCGUCCUUACAGAUGCGACGUCUGCGGCAAAACGUUCACGCAGUUUAGCCCGAUGGCGAUCCAUAAGCGUCUGCACACCGGCGAGCGUCCUUACAAAUGCGACGCGUGUGGCAAGGCCUUCGUGUCCAGAUCGACCAUGAUGUGCCACAGAAAGAAGCAUCAUGUCACGACGACCGUUACGCAGAAGGACGAGCCGGCCGCGUACAACGAGGACGCGGAGGUCAAAAUUAUCCUUUCGUCCGAAAUUAUAGUCAAAGAUACGCACGAAGCGAUUCAGAUUAGCGGGGAUUGAACUGGCGAAUCGUGGCAGACGUGUGAAUUCCACGACUAAGGCUUCGGCUGUAACACAAAUCUUUGGGUGCUAAGAAGAUUUCAUCCGCAUGCGUUUAGGUAAUGAAUUGUUCUUUCGUUACCGUUAAUGUCUAUCGAGGUACAUUCAAAAACUUUAUAUAAAGAUAUUUUUACAAAGAUUAGAAUUCUUGUGUGGUACGUGAAGAGAAUACGAUUGAGAGUUUUACCUGAAUCAUUGAAGUGCGGCAUGAAUUCAUAUAUUAUACAACACAACGUCGUAUUUUAUUUUCGAGGCAUUAAGUGAAUUUCCUAAAUACAAAUAUAAUAGUUUGAUUAAAAGAUUACGUGUCAAAUUGAUAUUUUAUAACAAGGAUAUAAACUUGUAAAGAAUGUGGGAACAUAUGUUAUUAAUAUUGUUUUACAAGUUUAUAUCUUUGAAAAAAACAAAAUACAUUUUAUGUACUGCUUAAAAUAUAAUAUUCGAGUGUUAUUUUGACUUCUACUUGAAAAUACAUUUUGCUUUCAUUGAAAAUACAAAUACAAUUUUUACGGAAAAAUAUUGACGUUUAUUUAAACAUCGAUGAUCUCUAAAAGUUGUGUUACAAAUUGAUCGAAUAAAAUAAAUAAUUUUAAAACAAAAGGAAUAAUUGUUUUAUAAAAUACAAUUACACAAUAGUACUCAUUAUCGGAAACUUUAGAUAAUUGAUGAUAUAGAUGAUAUAGAAAGCGUUUGACUUUACGAUAUUGUAAAGAAUAAAUUUUAAUGAAAAAUACGAGACCAUAAAAAAAAAAGUUUGCGAAUAUUUAAGAUUUAAUUAAGAUGAGUAUUGUACAAAGCAUGAUUGGUUUUUCAUUACAUUUAUAAAUACAUGCAUAUAAAUUAUUUGCGUAUGAAAUUUCUCAGAUCACAUUUUUUAUACAUAUUUCAGAACCCACAUCAUGAAAAGAAGGGAACGUUAACGUUAAGAAAAGUGAAAUAUUUUCUUAUACAUAUUAGCAAAAUAUUAUUUAACAAAUCGAAAGCUGAUGCGAUAAUAUUGAUGUUCAUGCUUUUGCAAAUCAGAAACAUUUUCGGAAUUUAGACGAGAAUCCAAGAGUAGAUAAUCGCUCCGAAUAUCGCAUAUUUCUAUGCAACUAUCUGAAAAUAAAGCUCUGACUAAAUAUAAAUCAGCUUUCUGUACUACACAAAGUAGAAGUUGUGAUAUAUAAUAAAAUAAUUAAAUAUAUUAUUUGUAAGAUUGUGAUGAUUGUAAUAUUAACGAAAACCUUUUGGAAGAAAAUAUAAAGAGCUUUACAUCGACGUGUCUUUGUCGCCAUGUUUCUAAACGCACCCAUCAAAAUCGCAUAAAUUUCUCCUAUUUCUAGCAAGUAUUUGUGUAUUUCUUAUGAGAAGAGUCCUCGACGGCGAGAGUUAGGGCAAGAGCAAGGAAUGAAUAUAACUUGAAUUUUAAUAAAAAUUCGUUUUAUUUCGACAGUACGAAAUGAGUCUCGCUGAAGCUGCUCGGUACGUACUUUCGGUACGUCGACUCUACCAGCAGCAAUAACGCAAGUAUCGAGAAAAAUCGAUAUAAAUUUAUAUGUAGUUUUCUUUUCCAUUUUGUAAUAACCUUUUUAUUAUCUUGAAUACCAGUUGAACGCAGCUGUUAUAUGUGCACAGCGAGUGUACGUGAUAACAACCUUUACAAUAACUGCUGCUGGCUUCGCCUAUACCGUUCUACAAUUGACAACGAAUGUUUAUUCUAUAAUUUGACAUUAACUACCUACGCAAGGCAUCGAUGACAUAAUUUAUUUCAUAAUUCUGUUUGCCUACGCGCUAUAUCUACACGCUUGAGGGGCCCCUAAGCUACACGGAUGACGACGAACUAUUCCCAAUCAAUUGCAAAUUAUACGGUAUACAUUUAUAUGACGUAGUCUCGUAAAUACAAAAUACAUAUAAAAUUGUAAAUGGCUUUAAGUAGAAAAACGGAAACUUAUGCGACGGUUCAAUGAAGUACAAAAUACGCUCGUCGUUGUUCGAUAACUCCUUUACAAUUUUAUCGAAAUAGAGCACUGUGUCUAUUACUUUAAUGCAGUUUCCUUCCUCUACGUAUCGCUCAAUAUUUUUGUAAGCGUGCAGGGGGCCCUCGCUAAAUCGGUGGUCAAUCGGUGUGAACAAAUUCUCUAGUAGUGUGUUAAAUACGUAUAUUACAAAGCACC